UUCAAGUCGCCAGAUUAAAUCUUAAGAACCUACAAGGGUAUUACCUUAGGUACGACUUUAAGCCGGUAUCUAUUUGGAACACGUUUUAAUUCCUGGAGGUGACUUCUAGUUUGAAGAUAUUCAAGAGCGAGACAGCAACAAGAAAGCACUGAAUUUGAGAGAACAACUUGGAAAGAUAUUACCCGAUAGAAAAAAUCAAGAAACAUAAGGCAAGAUAUGGUGAUUUUUGGAGAUACUUGGAUCAUUCUUAGCGUGCUGGUUGUACUGUGUUUUCAUCUCUGCACAGCAGCUCCAACGUUAACGCUGGGAGAAGUUUUAGGUGAUGACCAGGAGAGCGGUGUCAUUGUCAGGGAAUACCGCAUGAAGAGAGCGGCGUGGGAUGGUCUUUACUUCUUCCCUGAGGACUUAUUACCCAACGAUUACAAUCGAGACCGCGUUAGCAGCGACGACGGUCGGGCCAACCGCGAGAAGAGAGAAGUGGACGGUGACGCUGUAGAAGUGACCGAUCCUCACGUUGUAUCGGUUGUGAAAAGAAAAACGGGCCCAAACAGCGCUUCUCGCAUUGACCCUGGGGUAAUUCAAGUGUUUACAAGGAGCACUGAAUCCCCAAAGUUUACCAAGGACAGCAGUAUAGACCCCGCUGUAAUACAGGUCCUACGAAAAAGAGACAUCCCAGACGAUGAUUCAAAUAUUGACCCCGAAGUGAUUCAAAUAUUUAAAAGAAGCACUGGUGCUCUUUCUAAAUAUUUCUCCCGUCUUCGCCCCAUAGAUCCUCACGUGAUUUUAAUCCCAAGCAAAAGGUUCAGAAUGUCCAGAAUGAAUCUGGGAGAUGAAGGACUAAAAUCUAAAAAGAAAUCAGCCAUAAUGAGUCGUUUGGCCGCCAUCGACCCCGACGUUAUCCGCGUGAGGCGGGCAGCCAAGCCCGAGAAGGACGGUUUGUUCCACGCCGAGGGAUGGGAGAACUGGGGAUUCGUACCACACGAAGAGAAGACACAUGGAAACUCACGACAACGACGGGCGACGGAAAAUUCCGAGGACGAACAAGACGGACUUUUUCAUCCGAUUGGAUGGGAGCGUGUGCCAUUUUAAAUGAUAAGUUAUUAGUAUUAUUUUUAAGAAAUAGAAUAGGAGGCAGAUUAAGUAGAAGAAAAGUAUUAGUCGAAGUAGUAGAGUUAGAGGUACAUGUAGAAACAGUUUUAGAAAUCUUAAUAUAACGCAUGAGUAAUUCCUUCCAAAGACGAAUUCAUAAAAUCAGGGAACUGACGAUGUGUAGGGAUAUCAAACAAUUCUAAUAUUCCGUAUUUAUUAAAAAAUACGGUGUUGUUUUCAAACCAACAAUCGAAUAGGAAUCUCUUAUCCGACUAAGUCUGCGGAAUAUCUUUUGGCAGUACGACGAGUCUCGGCCGGGCCUCUCAAAAAUGUGGACAUGCACGGAAGCUCUGUUAAAUCAUACCCAAUUUAUGUCUCUCUCCGUGCAUGGAAACAUGGGCUUCCGUGAGCCAAGUUUUAUGUUUCCGCAAUUCAUUUAUUUUUUGUCAGUUGUCCUUACGGUCCAUUGGAGUUAAGGCUAGCGUUUGUGACAGGAGAUUACUCAUAUACAGUGCUGUAAUGUAUAAUAUUCAUAAGUGUAUCCAUUUAAUUUAUUGCAACGGUUUUUUAUUUAAGUUAUUGUAAUUGACGUAAUUUAUUGUGAAAAUUUCACGUCUUCGUCCAACAUGUGUGGUAUUUAUUAAUAUUUUAUUCAUACUCUCUUAACUUAUUCGUCUUUAAGACAAUUCUUAUUUAACGUGGUUGUGACGUGUUUAUUAUAUACUUUUUUUUUGUUGCUAAAAACAACACAUUUUGACUGUGAUAUUGCCUACGAGAGAGACCUCCUCCAAGAGACAAGUCUCCUAAUAGGAAGUGAACUGUGAUGAUUUUUUUUUUGUAAUUGAAUACGUACAGUAUUCGAAAUAA